CGAAGGUAGUUGAUGGAACGUUCAGUUAACUGAUUCGUAGUUUUGUAUAGUAUGUGAUAGUAUGUUGGGUUAAGUUUCGAGAAAGUGACUGGUUAGCUUCGUUGGUUUACGUCAAUCUGAUUUUUAAUUUGAAAGCUCUCGAAGAAGGCUCGACUCUUGCAAUUAAUGGAGGCAAGUUUUGCCAGGAUAACGUAACAGGUGUGAACUGGUGCAUCAGUGCAAUGGCGGGAUCCAUAGAGAUACCGCUCCGGGAUACGGACGAGGUUAUAGAAUUAUACUUGGAUCAAUUACCUGAAGGUGAUGAAGUGCUUGGCAUUUUACGUCAGGAACAUGCGCAACUUAAUACGUGGGUCAAUUUGGCCCUUGAAUACUACAAACAGCACAAAAUUGAAGAUUUUAUUAAAAUCCUUGAAUCAUCACGAAUCGAUGCAAACAUUGAUUACCGUGACUAUGAAAAAGAUCAAAUGCGUGCAUUGGACAUGUUGGCUGCAUAUUAUGUUCAGGAAGCGAACCGUGAGAAGAACAAGGACAGAAAGAGAGAUCUUUUUACAAAGGCCACAUUAUUGUAUACAACUGCUGAAAAAAUUAUUAUGUAUGACUUGAAUCAUUUACUGGGUCGUGCCUAUUUUUGUCUCCUUGAAGGAGACAAAAUGGAACAGGCCGAUGUACAGUUCAACUUUGUUUUGAAUCAAUCACCAAAUAAUAUACCUUCUUUGCUUGGCAAAGCAUGCAUCGCAUUCAAUAAAAAAGAUUACAGAGGGGCAUUGGCAUUUUAUAAGAAAGCUCUUAGAACUAAUCCUAAUUGCCCUGCUGCGGUGAGAUUAGGAAUGGGUCAUUGUUUCAUGAAGUUAAAUAAUCAAGAAAAGGCACGAUUGGCAUUUGAGAGAGCUCUACAGUUAGAUGGUCAAUGUGUUGGCGCCUUGGUCGGUCUUUCAGUUCUCAAGUUAAAUCAACAGCAGCCAGAAAGUAUCAGGACAGGUGUUCAAAUGUUAUCCAAAGCAUAUACUAUUGAUUCAACGAAUCCAAUGGUAUUAAACCAUCUGGCUAAUCAUUUCUUCUUUAAGAAGGAUUAUAAUAAAGUUCAGCAUUUAGCAUUGCAUGCAUUUCACAAUACCGAGAAUGAAGCAAUGAGAGCAGAAAGCUGUUACCAACUUGCAAGAGCAUUUCAUGUUCAGAGAGAUUAUGAUCAAGCUUUUCAAUAUUACUACCAAGCUACGCAGUUUGCUCCGCCAGUUUUCGUGUUACCACAUUUUGGUUUAGGACAAAUGUAUGUGUAUCGAGGAGAUGCUGAAAAUGCUGCGCAAUGCUUUGAGAAAGUUUUAAAAGCACAGCCAGGGAAUUAUGAGACCAUGAAAAUUCUUGGCUCAUUAUAUGCUAACUCAAGUUCUCAGUCAAAAAGGGAUAUUGCAAAAAAUCAUCUUAGGAAAGUCACGGAACAAUUUCCUGACGACGUUGAGGCAUGGAUUGAAUUGGCACAGAUAUUAGAACAGAGUGAUUUAAAUGCAGCAUUAAAUGCUUAUGGAACUGCUACAAGAAUUCUGAAAGAAAAAGUCGAAGCAGAUAUUCCGCCGGAAAUCUUAAAUAAUGUUGGCGCGUUGCAUUACCGACUUGGCAAUCUGGAAGAGGCUCGAAAGAAUUUGGAGGAGUCUUUAGCUCGAUCCAGGAAAGAUGCAUUACAUGAUCCUGUAUAUUACAAUUCAAUAGCAGUAACAACGACAUAUAAUUUAGCUCGUCUUAACGAAGCAUUAUGCGUAUUUGAUAGGGCAGAAAAACUAUACAAGGAUAUUUUGAAAGAACAUCCAAAUUAUGUUGACUGCUACCUCAGACUGGGUUGCAUCGCUAGAGAUAAGGGUCAAAUUUACGAAGCUUCUGAUUGGUUUAAGGAUGCCCUUAGAAUUAAUAAUGAACACCCAGAUGCAUGGUCCUUGCUUGGAAAUCUGCAUUUGGCAAAAAUGGAAUGGGGCCCUGGUCAAAAGAAAUUUGAGAGAAUUUUAAAGAAUCCUUCCACUAGUACAGAUGCUUAUUCUCUGAUUGCAUUGGGGAAUAUUUGGCUGCAAACCCUUCAUCAAAGUGGAAAAGAUAAAGAUAGAGAGAAGAGACAUCAGGACAGAGCACUUGCCAUGUAUAAGCAGGUUUUGAGAAAUGAUCCAAAAAAUAUUUGGGCUGCAAAUGGCAUCGGCGCAGUCCUAGCUCACAAAGGUUGCGUGAACGAAGCUAGAGAUAUAUUUGCUCAAGUCAGAGAAGCAACGGCAGAAUUUUGUGACGUCUGGUUGAACAUCGCCCACAUUUAUGUAGAACAGAAGCAAUUUGUUAGUGCUAUACAAAUGUACGAAAACUGCCUUCGAAAAUUUUAUAAGUAUCAUCACGUCGAGGCUUUACAAUACUUAGGAAGGGCGUAUUUCAAGGCUGGAAAAUUGAAAGAAGCUAAAAUGACAUUGCUGAAGGCACGUAGGGUAGCACCACAGGAUACAGUGCUGCUUUUCAAUAUUGCUCUCGUUCUUCAACGAUUAGCUACGCAAAUCCUCAAAGACGAAAAAUCUACGUUGACGACAGUGUUGCAAGCAGUCCAUGAAUUGGGAUUGUCACAUAAGUACUUCCAAUACUUGGCAACACAUGGUGACAGAAUGGAUCAGCUUGCAGAUGCAGAAGCCAGGAAGUGUCAGGAUCUGUUAUCGCAGGCUCAGUAUCACGUUGCAAGAGCUCGAAGACUUGACGAAGAAGAAAAAAUGCUUAGAAAGAAACAGGAGGAAGAAAGACAAGCGUUCAAAAUGCGGCAAACCGAGGAACAACGAAAACUUGAAGAAAUGCGCCGACAAAAGGAAGAAGAAAUGCUUCAGAAAAGGCAGGAGUUUGUAGAGAAGACAAAGAAUGUUUUGGUAUUCGGUGAAAUGCCGUCUGAGAAACCAGGCAAGAAAGGCAAAAAGGUUCGAACGGAUCAAUAUAUUAGUGAUAGUGGUGGUUCCGGAAGAGACGAGGGUAGAGAAGAAGCGCCAAGAGAGAAGAAACGUAAACGAAAAGCUAGCGGAGAAAGUAAAGACAAGAAAGGCAAAGGCAAGGGUCGGAGGAAGAAGGACACUGGCAGUGGAGACAGCGGGGGUUCAGAAAGCGAUCGUCCGAAAGCAAAACGAGGCAGGAAAACAGGCAGCGGCAAGAAGGAAAAGAAUUUCCGCAAAUCCGUUGCGGAGACAUCGAAGAGUAACAUGCGAUUCUUAUCCAAGGAAACGAUAUCUACCAGUGAAUCCGACAGUGAUAGCAAAGAUCGUAAAAUGGCGAGCGGGGACGAGAGCGGUAACGAAAACGCACCUCGUGGAAAGAGAAGAAUAGCGUCGGAGUCUGAAGGAUCUCGCGCUUCGCGAUCUAGAUCAAGAUCGCGAUCGCGUUCACAUUCGGGAUCGAGAUCACCUGCUUCACGAUCGGGAUCACGCUCCCGCUCUCGAUCAGGUUCUAGAUCGCGUUCACGAUCAAAAUCUAAGUCCAGAUCCGUUUCACGGUCCAAGUCUAGAUCGCGUUCAGGAUCCAGAUCUGGGUCGCAGAUUUCGCGGUCUAGAUCUGCAUCCAGGUCUGCUUCUGGAUCUCGCGCCUCGCGUUCCAGAUCAAGAUCCAAGUCCGGAUCAAGAUCGCGAUCGGGAUCGCGUCAGAAGUCUGGCUCAAGAUCGCCUUCGAGGUCAAGAUCAAGAUCAAGGUCCCGUUCGGGAUCACGAUCGAAAUCGGGUUCGCCAUCUCAGUCUAAGUCACGAUCGCGAUCUCGCUCAAAAUCACCGUCGAAGUCGCGUUCGCGAUCUCGGUCAAAGUCGCGUUCAAAGUCGCGUUCACGGUCUCGCUCGAAAUCUCCGUCGAAGUCGCGCUCACGAUCUCGAUCAAAGUCUCGAUCUCGAUCCCGAUCAAGAUCGCAAUCAGGAUCUCGAGCAUCGAGAUCUAAAUCUAGAUCUAAGUCAAGAUCCGUAAGUCGUUCAAGAAGCAACUCUCCGAAUGAGCAAGUGAGGAAUUCUGGUAGCGAAGGGUGAAGUUGAAAAAGCCUUACUGACACAGAUAUAGUUUAUCAGAAGUCGCCCGAGGUAUUGUUAUAGUGUAUAUUACCACUUUAGGUAAGUUUGUCAAUUUUUAAACUAUUGACAAGUUAUGUAAAGACGGUCGUGUAAAAAUAUUGCAAUAUAUGUCUUGCUAUAAGAACGA